UGUGAGUCUGUGAUUGUGAGUAAUUCUCUUGCGCCAACCGCCAUGAUUGUCUCUCACAAGAGUUACACCUUCAUACUUCUCCUUCUUUCUCUUCUAAUCGCCGGUGGAACCUCGCUUCCGACCACCAUUGGCGUUACGUACAACCCUUCCACUAUCCACAUUUCGCCAGAGCGUGUCGUCGAUGCGCUCGAGUCCAUGAAGAUUCCAGCCAUUCGCUUAAUAAGUCCAUCGCCGGCGGCAAUCCGCGCUUUCGCCUACUCUUCCAUCUCACUCCUUCUAUGCGUUCCCAACGAUUUGGUUCAUUUCUUCGCAGCUAAUCGUACUUCUGCUCAGGUCUGGCUUUACAGUCACGUCGUUCCGUUCUAUCCACGGGCCAAAAUCUCCGCUAUCUCAGUUGGAAUGGAUGUUUUCUCGGCCGCCGCUGAUCUCUCCGAUGACAUAAUGCCGGCGAUCAACAAUCUCUACAAAAGCCUCGUUGAACUCGGAAUCCGUCAUAUUUCCGUCUCUACAACUCUCUCGUUUGUUAAUGUCAUUUCUGGCGCAUUUCCGCCAUCUACGGCUGAUUUCCAGGAACCAAUGGCGGGGGUCAUAAUCAAGCCCUUACUUGAUUUCCUCAGAGAGACAAAUUCGUCCUUCAUGGUUAACCUGUAUCCAUAUACUGUCUAUAAGCUCAAUUCGGAUCUUCCAAUUGGCUAUGCUAUAUUCCAGGAGGCUAGGUUUAAUUUCCGUGACGAUACAUUCACCGGAGUCAGGUAUCACAACCUGUUCGACUCAAUGGUUGACUCAGUUAUAGGGGCAAUGGCACAGGCUGGAUAUGAGGAUAUUCCAGUAACAGUGACGGAGACUGGAUGGCCGUCAGGAGCUAGCGGAAUGGAAGCUGAUGCUACUGAAGUCUAUGCUGAGAAAUACAUCAGGGGGCUCAUCGAACACUUACACUCCGGGCAGGGGACGCCACUGAGGAAAGAAGGUGUGGCAGAGACUUACAUAUUUGAAUUGUUCGACGAGGACAAUGUGCAACAAGGGAGCGGAAUAGCAGGGCAGAAAUGGGGAAUUCUCUAUGAGAACAUGACAAAAAAGUUCCAUUUUGACUUGUCUUCUUCAGAAGCAGAGUUUCCUGGAUGGAGACUCGGCUUCUUUUGUCUGUGGUUGCUGCUCUUCUUCUACUGCUUUGCAAGUCGGUACCACUCACCUUAAACUUGAUCUAAAUAAAUAAAUACUUUCUGAUGGUUGUUGAUGAGAAAACUUGUUACUGUUGCCGCUUCUUCUACGAUGAUGAUCUUAACUAGACAGGCAGAUUAAAAAGAAGUCUAUGAAAGAAACUUUCCACUUCUUCUUCUUCCAUGAUGACAGACAGAUUAAAAAGAGAGAGUCUAUGGAACUUUCAUCAUAUACUUGUUGAUAUGUUGUUCUUCAUUGAAUGGAAAUAGUAAGUCUUAGUUCAGCUUAAAAAAUUUAGGUACCUCUGGAUUGUAUCUCAAUUAUCAGUAAUUGCUUGUUAGAUGACUGACUUUAUAAGAAGAAAAUAUGUUUUCAUUCAUAACAAAUACUUCUCUUGCGCCAAAUGGAGUGUUAAAUUGUUUAAAAUGCUUUCUAAAACCGGAGGGGAUGAGAUUUCUGUUUUUAUUGCGACAUUUUAGUAACAAAAAUAGACUGGGAUCCUUAAUUAAAAGAAGAAAAGAAAAAAGAUAUAUGAAUUGCUAGGGCAAGCUUUGCGAAGGAGAAGAACCAUUGGAUGGUGAAGAAGGUCAUUUCCAUGGCAAGAUCGAUGAUGCCUGGUUAUGUAAGAAGAAUGGAAAUAUUUACCUAGUUAGGUAAUAGUUCUAUUUUGCAAACUGUAAUUGUUCAAUGUUAUGCUUGGAAUUUACAAAUUAAGACAUGAUUAUUUUUGUCUAUGAUGCAUUUUUAUAAUAUGAUAUUGUGAAUUUGC